AUGCCUUCCAAACAGCCCCAGGCGUCGCUGUUUCAAGUCUACCUCCGCUUGCGCCCUCCUCUCGCCCAGAAAAUCGAUGAAUCCGACCGUUUCCUUGCCGUCGAGCCACCGGGGGCAUCGCAGAAUGAAACCGACAUUGUCGCACCAGUUCCUACCCAUAUCACUCUUGAACCGCCUACCGAUUCACGAAAGCGCGCCGUGGAGAAGUUUGGUUUUACCAAAGUCUUCGAAGAAACCUCCUCACAGCUCGACAUUUUUCAUGACACCGGAAUGGAGUCCCUGGUGAGGGGAGUUCUAAAGGAAGGUCGUGAUGGACUGGUCGCAACAUUAGGAGUUACAGGAAGUGGAAAGAGCCACACCAUUCUAGGAUCCAAAUCCGAACGCGGCAUCACCCAAAUGGCCCUGGAUGUUAUCUUCCGGUCGCUGGAACCCACCGUGAAAACCAAGGACGGCAGCAUCAGUCCCAUGAUGCUUGCAUCACUGGCCGCAGCGGAUGCCUCUGAAGCGCAGUUAUUCGCCGCCCACACCUUCCUGGAAGCCGUCUAUGGUGACCCCAAUUCCGAUCGUGGCCGAAGUUCUAGAGCCCAAACCCCCAUGAGCCCAUCCCGCGCGCACACCCCACUUACGGUACGGAGCCCCAAUACCCUAUAUACCCUUGAUGAAUCGCCUGGGUACGGGACCUCGAGAUUUCCCCCAUUUCCACCUGGAGAAGACCUUCAAAAGGCCAGCCCAAAUCUACAAUCCAGUCCCAUUCGCAAAGAUCGAUUCGGCCUUAGUCCACCGUCAUCUGAGCCCUUUGGAAGGAAACCCUAUGGAUCCUUACAUCCUCUCCCUUACACACGCCCCAACAUGUACCAGGAACGUUUAGCUAAAUCACGACUUUAUGUCUUCAAGGAACCCACCCCCGCUCUAGCAUUUCCCCGCCGGCAGCCUCGUGAACGGCCUGUUGUGUCUCCGCGACUCCCCGACGUUAGCCACCUCACCAUCGAUUUAAACUCAAACUCCGAUUAUGUCGUCCUGGUGUCGAUGUACGAAGUUUACAAUGAUAGAAUAUUUGAUCUUUUGUCGCCAUCGAUCGUCCCUGGGCAAGGGAACACUAUGUCUCGCGGCGGUAACCCUCAAAAGGACCGUCGACGUCAUUUGCUUUUUAAGCCAACUGAGGGAUCGCCAGAUCGAAAAGUGGUUGCUGGACUUCGCAAGAUUGCCUGCAGCACCUAUGAAGAGGCAUUGGCAAUUCUAGACGUUGGGCUCACGGAGCGAAAGGUAACAGGUACUGGAUCAAACAGUGUCAGCUCCAGAAGCCACGGUUUCUUCUGCCUAGAGGUCAAGAAACAGGUGCAUAAGCGUCACGGCGAGACAAAUUGGGUGGGCAAUACUUUGACCGUCGUGGAUUUGGCCGGAUCUGAGCGUGCCAGAAAUGCCAAAACAGCCGGUGCCACGCUGGCGGAGGCUGGAAAAAUCAAUGAGAGUUUGAUGUAUCUGGGUCAAUGCCUACAGAUGCAAAGCAGUGUCCAGGAUGGUACAAAGACCGCUCUUGUACCAUUCCGUCAGUGUAAGCUCACAGAGCUUCUCUUCUCGAAUUCCUUCCCUUCUUCCAACCAAAUGUCUCGGGGCCACCAUCCUCAGAAGGCAAUCAUGGUGGUCACCGCUGACCCUUGGGGUGAUUUCAAUGCCACAUCUCAAAUAUUGCGUUAUUCUGCAUUGGCUCGUGAGGUGACAGUUCCUCGCGUUCCCUCUUUAACUGGAUCAAUUGUCUCUACUACUUCCAGUCACCAUCGAUCUAUCAGUGGACGUGCUUCGCCUAACUAUGCCUCGGCCGAAGAACUGGAGCGUGCCGCAGCUGAAAUUAACAGACUCAACAACGAUUGUCACAGCAUUGCUAUUCGACUUGCCGAAGAAGAAAUUGCACGGUCUGAGGUCGAAUUCCGACUGAAGGCUGCCGAAGAAAGAUGUGUCAUGAUUGAGCAAGAAGUUCGGGAGGAGUGCUGGGCCGAGAUGGAUGACAUGAUGGAGGAGGAGCGUCGACGCUGGCAGAAGGCCUGGGAUGAACAGCUUGGUCACCAUGAUGAACACGUGGACAAGAAGAUCGAACUCGUUUCUCGUGGAUUCAGCAUUUACGAAGAUCCCGAGCAAUCAUCGAAUGAAAGGGUAGAAGAACUAGAGGAUGAGAAUGAACGGCUUCGCCGGCGUCUUGCCACCCUCGAGCGAGAAAUGAAUUCUCAAUCACCUACCCGAAAGCCCCGAGCAAAGCACACUUCGCCCAACAAGCCCUCGAAUCUUUUGAGUCGAGAGAGUGAUAUCGAGAACGCACUUCAGCGCAUGAACCAACUACAUCUCACCGAUAGCAUGUUUACACCUUCUUCGCCUACCUCACCAGGUAAAAAACCGCGAAAAAUAUCGACGAGAAAAUGGGAUUUAGCCCCGGAGAGCCACAUUUAG